CAUAAACAGAAAUAAAUCACAACUUGCAUCAGUUUUUGUGCUGUUUCUGGCUUCUCUGGGGUCAAAUAAUAGCAAUUCUUCUGCUUUUCUUCCUUCAGAAAAAUGGAGUCAGACAUCUCACAAGCCUUCCAGAAAGAACUCACCUGCUUCAUCUGCCUGAGGUGCCUGACAGACCCAGUCACCAUAAGCUGUGGUCACAGCUUCUGUCGAGCCUGCCUCCACCUUUCCUGGGAAGAUAUCCAACCUCCUGUCCGAUGCCCUAAGUGUAAGGAACCAUCACAGAAGGACUUGAGAACCAACAUUGUUUUGAAGAAGCUGGUGUCCAUUGUCAGACAAGCCAGCCUCAUGAAGGACCUGAGCUCUGAGGAGCAAAAGUGUGUGACCCACGAGGAUACUAAGAGGAUCUUCUGUGCUGAGAACAGGAUCUUUCUCUGUCCACUCCGCUCAUACUCCCAUGAGCACAGAGGACACAGACACUGUCCCAUUGAAGCAGCUGCUGAGGAUCAAAUGGAUAAACUUUUGAAGCAAAUGGCAUCUUUAUGGGAGAAGGUCCAAGAAAAUCAAGAGAAUUUAGAGGCAGAGAACAAAAUGAGAACCCUUUGGACGGACUACCUGACUUUUCGUGAAGAAAUGAUCAGGACAGAGUAUAGGAAACUGCAUCCACUCCUCUGUGAAGAGGAAGAGAAACACAUUGAGUCUAUGAGAAAUGAAGGCCAAUGUGUUUUAGAGAAACUCAGGACAAGUGAAGCCAUGAUGGUCCAAAAGAGAAAAGAACUAAGAGAAAUGUACCAGGAGCUGAUGGCAAUGUCCCAGGAGCCAUAUGUGGUCCUGCUGCAGGGUUUGGACGAUAUGUUCAGAAGGAGUGGGUCAAUGCAGCUGAGCAUGCCGCAGGCUAUUCAGCCAGAACUCAGUGCCUUACCCAUCACUGGACUGACUGAAAGUUACAACCAGUUCCAAGUGACCAUUUUCUUUGAUAACGUAACCAUGUUGCAUUACAACAUGAACCUAUUUAAUGCCAUGAGAAGAUUGAGCUUCAGACCUCACCAUAAAGAUACAACUACAGAUUUUAUUGGAUGCUAUUUGGCUUUUUGGGGAUCACAAAGCUUCAUCUCAGGGAAAUAUUACUGGGAGGUUGAUUUGGAGGACUCUUGGGACUGGGCUGUAGGGGUCUGCAAGAAUUCCUACUUAAGGAAUAGAGACCAACGGAUUGAAUCUGAGGGUGAAUUUCUUCUUGUGUGUGUGAAGGAGGGUAAUCAUUACAGUCUCCUCACCACAUGCCCAGUACUCCAGCACUAUAUAGAGAAGCCACUGGGCCGAGUUGGUGUGUUCCUUGAUUGUGAGGAUGGAUGUUUAAGUUUUGUGAAUGUUGCAAAGAGUUCCCUCAUAUACAGGUACCCUCCUUGCACCUUCAAUUACCCUAUCUGCCCUUUCUUCUCCAGUGGGGAAAUUGUAAUCCAGCACCAUAUUGUUUUUUUUUAA